CACAUCAACCAUCAAUUCCAUCACGCAAUUCCGAUCAAUCUCUUCUCAAGCUGAAUUAGCUUUCCAGAGCUACAGGCGAUCGAACUCAGCCUAGCUAGCGAGCACCUGCCAUCAAACCGGCCAUUAGUGAACCUUCGGCCAUGAGGUCGUCCCCAUGGAUGGUGUUCGCGUCGGCAGCGGUUGUGCUGCUCGCCUUGGCCGCCUCGUCGGCGGUGGUGGAUGCGUCGCCACCGUCGAAGUCUUUGGAGGUCGGUUUCUACAAGCACACGUGCCCGCAGGCCGAGGACAUCGUGCGCGACGCCGUCCGCCGCGCUUUCGGCCGGAACCCCGGCCUGGCCGCCGGACUCAUCCGGAUGCACUUCCAUGACUGCUUCGUCAGGGGCUGCGAUGCUUCGGUGCUGAUCAACUCGACGCCGGGGAACACGGCGGAGAGGGACUCGCCGGCGAACAACCCCAGCCUACGUGGCUUCGAGAUCAUCGACGAGGCCAAGGCCGCACUGGAGGCGUCCUGCCCGCGCACCGUCUCCUGCGCCGACGUGCUCGCUUUCGCGGCGCGUGACGGGGCCUACCUUGCUGGCGGCAUCGAGUACGGCGUCCCCGCCGGCCGCCGCGACGGCCGCGUGUCCAUAGCCGACGAGGUGCUCGUCAACAACGUGCCGUUCCCUACCGACGGGGUCGAUGAGCUCGUGGCCAGCUUCAGACGCAAGGGGCUCUCCGCCGAUGACAUGGUCACGCUCUCGGGCGCGCACACCAUCGGCCGCUCCCACUGCUCCUCCUUCACGCAGCGGAUCCAUAACUUCUCCGACGAGGCCGGCCGGACCGACCCGUCCAUCGACAUGUCGUACGCGGCGGAGCUCAGGCAGCAGUGCCCGCCGUCCACAGACAACAUGAGCGACCGCACCACGGUGCCGCUGGACCCGGUGACACCGGGGGAAUUCGACAACCAAUACUUCAAGAACGUACUGGCGCGCAAGGUGCCGCUCAUCUCUGACCAGACGCUGCUUACGAGCCCCUGGACCGCUGGCAUCGUUGCGUUCCACGCCGCCGUGGAGAGGGUGUGGCAGGCCAAGUUUGCUGCGGCCAUGGUCAAGAUGGGCAACGUCGAGGUACUCACCGGCGAUGAAGGGGAGAUCAGGGAGAAGUGCUUCAUCGUCAACCACUACUAGACCAUCACCACAAAUUUAUUCAUUUGAUGGGAGACUAGCGGUUAAUGUUUUUUUUCUUUUUUUUUGCGAUGGACUGGCAGUUAAUUUUGGUGCUUCAAUAUCUUGUAAUUUAAGUUCGCGAAGUGAUUUUUUUCGUUGUUCUUACUUCUUAGUGUAUGUCAAAAGCAUGAGUGUAUAAAUCAGAAGAACAGAAUGUACAUGGAUACUAUUUCUUGC